CCCAAUUUCAAGAUGGUAUUAUUCUAUGGCACAAUUGUAACCGGAUGGACAACUAACAUCACAUCCUUCAAAAGUGUCGGAGAUUGUACGAAUGGGUGCUUGGAAGCUGAGAAUUGUUUUUUGAUGUGGUUUAUUUAUGAGCAAUGUAAUUUCUAUAGCUAUCUUGAUGUUGGUCCGAUGAUUUCUGUAAAAGAGACUUCAAAGAGUGAAAGGACUUAUGUGGCAUUCAAGGUAGGAGUUAGUUU